GUUUUCAUCUCUCGAAUACAAAUCACGCACGAAGUGACCAGACACCUUGUUAAUAUUCUGCUACUUUUCGACGAGAUAAACGUGGCCUGUGAUUGCAGAUAAAGAAAAUGGUUGGUUGUUCAGCUUAUAAUUGCACUGGUAAAGGAAAAUCGUUGUUCACAUUCCCCGAAAACCCUAUCAUACGUAGACAGUGGAUUAGAAAUACAAAAAGGGAAAACUUCAAUCCCGGUCCAAGAGCAGCGCUUUGUCAAGACCAUUUCAAGCAAACUUCCUUCGAGAGGAAUCCCGAGUUAAUGGAAUUAACAGGCAUUCGUUUUAAGUUAAAAUUGAAAGCGGAUGCUGUUCCAACGGAAUUCGACUUCUCGUCACCCAAAUUUAAGUGUAAUGUCAAAGGGAAAAGACCGUAUUUGGGGAGCAGGUUUGCGAGCAAAUUUCAGAAACAGCUGGAGCCAAGCCUUAGCCCAAGAAAAAGCCCUGUUACUGCUGCUGGCAAAAGCAAAGCGCUAAUGAAGAGAGCCCGUCAUGAGAUUGUGCAAAAGUUAUUGGCAGAGCAGGCACCUCCCUCUGAAGAAGACUCUACAGAACUUGCAAUGCCCUUGUUUAUAGACAUUGGCUGCAAUACAGACACCCAACUUCCAGUUAGUGUAUCAGUGCAAACAGAAAAAACAGAGACUGUAAACAGGUAUACCCAAACUGAACGGAAAAAAAAGUCUGUCCAUAAAGCCAUACAAACAGACAGCCAAAUGCAUCCUUUAUGUAUCCAUAGAGUACCAGAUCAGGCGAACGAAGUUUCACCACAAUUGAGCAGUGGUCUUGCUGAGUCCCAUGAGUUUUCUGAGGUAGAAUCUGAAACCAGCAGUGGAUCACAAAGUGAAAACUGGGAUCCUCAAGCAUCAUCUUUCUCAUCUGCCGAGUCUGAAUGUGAAAAGGAGAUUCCACCUCACUUUGAAAGAAAGUUCCUGGUAUUUGAGUCAUGUCUCCUGCAGCUUUUCGCAAUUUGCUCAGUUUGUCUUGGUCCCUGUAUUGAUAUCUCAACCUCCUUGGUGGGCUCAAUGGUACAAGUUGAAGCAUCAUGUCUGCAAGGUCAUGUAAGAAAAUGGAGAAGUCAGCCACUAAUUGGUGAUAUGCCACUUGGAAAUUUUGUCAUUGCUGCAAGUACAUUGUUGUCAGGGUGCUCCCCAGCAAAAAUAUUGCUACUUUUUCACAAUAUGCAAACACCAAGCUUCACAGAGAGGACUUAUCAUAGGAUCCAAAAACUGUAUUUGAUUCCCUCAAUUUUGGAACAUUGGAAGUCUGUUCAACAGCAACUUUUGAGAAGCAGUCAGGGUAUCAGAACACUGGGAGGUGAUGCCAGAAUGGAUUCUCCAGGUCAUACUGCCAAAUAUGGGAGCUAUUCAUUGAUGAAUCUGGAAUCAAACAAAAUAAUCAGUGUUAAUACGCUACAGAGCAAUGAAGUUGGUGGUUCAUAUCACAUGGAGCUGGAAGGUUUAAAACGUUGCUUGGAUGAAGUGAAAGCUGCAGGUAUUAACUUCUCGACACUUGUCACAGACAGACAUGCUGGAGUUAAAAAAUACAUGAGAGAAUGUCAUUCAGACAAGAAUCACCGCUUUGAUGUCUUCCAUGUUGCAAAAUCGAUUGCAAGAAAGGUAGAAGAAAUUGGCAAGAAGAGGACAACAGCUGUGGUAAAUGAAUGGGUGCCAUCAAUAAAAAAUCAUGUAUAUUGGUGUGCAUCAACUAGCAAAGAUAGUCCACAACUAAUCAAGGAAAAGUGGCUUUCUCUUUUCAACCACAUCAUUAAUAAGCACGAAGGACAUGAUGGACAACUUUUUAAAUGCUGUGAACAUGGGCCUAUGGAGCGUGAAUGGUUGAUAAAAGGAAAAGCUGCAUAUAAAGAAUUGAAAGACAAAUUGACCAAAACACAACUUCUUAAUGACAUAGCUAAGCUUUCACCUGUGGAACAGACAAGCCAUCUUGAAUCUUUCCAUAACAUUGUUCUCCACUUUGCCCCAAAGCAUACACAUUUUCACUUUCAGGCAAUGACAGCAAGGGUUCUUCUGGCAGCUAUUCAUUUCAAUGAAAAUACUGGCAGACAGCAAUUGGAAACAAAGGAUGGGGAGAAAAGAUGGCAAAUAUCAUAUAUAAAGUACAAACAAACUGGUGUGGUUAAACCAAUUAAGUCAAAAAGCACAUAUGAGUAUGCAAAGAUCAUUAUGGAGAAGGCAGUUGAAAGAAGAAAAGAGCUAAUGACAUAUGCACAAGCAGGUGAUUGUCAUGACUUGAUCAAAAGUCCAGAUCCUCUUUCUGCUGGCCAUAAAAAGGUAUCAAAGCCAGAGCUUGUGAGUCAGCAUAUCUCCCGUUUUUCAAAGACAUCUUGUGCAGGGCAUACAGAGGAACAAAACAACCAAGUUCAAAACAAAAAACCUCUACAUAGAAAAAGAAAAAAGGCAAAUAAUGCAAAUGCUAGAGAAGUAAAGAAAUUAAAAAUUUAGGGAUUUUUCGGUAAUGAUAUAGAAAUGUAUAUUAUCUAGAUGAUGUAGAAAUGUAUAUUCGGUAACAAGGGAACACAAUUAUUACUAUUUUCAUAUGAAAAAACCCUACAGGAAGAAAACUAUAUAUAUCCAAAUGGAAAUAUAAUGUAAUGUAUGUGGUCCAAGGCUAAUACACAUAUACUCAAAAUAUGCUGCUUUAUUUACCUGAUAUAAUCAGUGAUCAAUUCCAAAUAACUUGAACCCCGUAUAUGUUUCAGAUGGAAACUUGGCUCUAAUCUUUGCCACCGAACAAGAAGGAAUGACUUUCCUUACAUGCUUUCCUAGCCGCCGCCAAAUCCACCUGACAAACUGGCGAUAAGCUACAUGCCUAAAAAGUCUGGAAAGCAACAAAAAAAUAAGAUACUGGCAUAAAUCAAGAUCACAGUUUAAUAUGGAAAUGCUAGGAGGGGGCUUGGUCUAAAAGUUUUCAUAAAAACCCCUAGAAGAAAAUAUCUGCAAAAAUCACAAUCCAAAGAAAAAAAAUCUGCCAAACAUGCAUCAAAAAUUUUAAUGCGACUGGGUUCAUUGGAGACGCGAGUCAGCUUUUCAAAAAAGCAGGUCCAAAACUGAUCAUUCAGAUUGUUUUACUCAAUAUUGUUUCGCAAAGUUAUUAAAACACUUUCUCCAUAACGAAAAAAAUGAGAAAAUUUAAGACCCAGAAAUCAUUAAAACUUACUCAAAAGCGGGAGUAUCGUCGACAUAGCCUCCCACCUCACCCACAUACUGAUAAAUCGCAUCCUCUACGACAUGAUGAUCAAGGCAUAGUGACUUGAAGCCAUCGUGGUCUGUUAUGCAUGUAAGUCUUCCGGUUCGUUUUUUUACUUCGACUAUCUCCAAGCAGCAGACACUCUCCCUUCCUUUUCGCAUUGGCAAACAUUUGCCACACUGACACCUGAAUCAGUCAGGAAAGCAUGGGUUUACUGUUUCGGCAGGUAUUUACAUCAUCCUCAUCCUCCAUAUCCUCGGUGUUGUCACUUUGACUAGGCCCACAAGCUGCAUCUCUUUGUGACCGCGGUAGGGGCUCAAACAUAUAAGGGCGAAUCGUUGCCUGUUGUUGUAAAUCAGGAUAACUGAAUUCUGUAUCGGAGUCUGAAUCCAUUUUCAACGUAUCGAUCGAUCCUCUUUCGCAAAAUCAAGUCGAUCCAACCAAAGUCAGAAAAGGCUUCCAGUUCCAAGUGGCGCAAGUGUAUUCUGUGAUUCUAAUGUGGUGUUUGUGACGUCACGGAUUUGACAAAGCUCGGACGAACUCGCAGUUAAUCGGAAGGUUGUCGGUGAUGAACUUUAGCGCUCAAAAACUCGCAAACGGUGCUUAAUUUUCAAAAACUGAAAACGCCCUGAUUGUUUUGACCAGAUAGACUUUCAAUAGAGAUCAAGUUAAUUUUGCGUGUCAGUUCACCUUUAAAAAGACAUUCGAUAGCAAUUUUUCAGAGGCUAUAGCCCUCUGCCCACCACCCACUGCGCCCUGGAUUCCGGGUCUCUAUAGAUGCUUACCUCUCCCCUUUUAUCCACCCCGUUUUUAGAUUGUUAAUUUCUAGAUUCGUAUUCCUAGAGUAAACAUUCUUUUCUCUGUUGUAAGAUAUCUUGCCGCAUUUCUUUAUUGUUUUUUGAACUUCAAGGCUAGUAACUAAGAAGACAAGUUAAUGAAAAUUACCGAUAACCGAUCUGUCAUAUAGUGCUCAUACAUAUCACAAAUAUAUUGUUCUAUACGCCUAAAGACGUUUUCAGCUCUCCCUAGACGACAUCUAAACACUUUAUGGGAGACUAGUAAACAGUAAAUUUAGGUUGGAUACGUAAAAAAACUCCAUUUGACUUCUGCUAUCUCAAACCCUCAAACAGGGGUUUAGUUUAGGAGGAUCAUGGAAGCCAACCCCCCUUGUUUUCGCUGAAAAGUAGCCAAUUCCUACUUUUGCUAUUGAUCUUUGCAUUAGUUUACACAAGACCCCCCCCCCCCCCUCUUGUUACUUUAAGCACUACACAACUUACCAGGGGUACCCUAUCCUCCAUAAUUUAGUCUCAGAAAUAUAGUUAGAAACCUAACAGGCCGAAGCUCUCUACAAUACUUUACCCCCGGAUUUACGAAGCUCUGGUACCCUGGAUAUAAGCCCCAUGGCUCUUACAUCCCUGAUUAUUUCACCAAUCCCUUCCCCGAUGCCUUUCCCGCGAUCUGUUCAUGACUCAAUGGAAAAUAAGCAUAGGGUGAAACAUGUGCUUUAUGAACAGCCCACCUGUCAAUUGCUUCAUACAAUUGUGGCUGCAGGGGCCAAGCCAACCCCCGUCGUCUAACCUAUCCUAACAACUAGCGAAAUAUCCCUGUUAUUUGUAAAUGCCUUUAUUCUUAUUCUUUGCGUGUGUUGAUGAGAGCAAACAAGCUUACCUGCCAAAGCAAACCCGACACCGCAUACAUGCAACAGAAAACUGGCCUAAUUCGACGCCACCAAGGACAGAAAAAUAGUAAGUGGAAAUUACUGUGUUUUAUCAGCUCAUUUAUCUUUUUGCUACCGCUUUAACGCAUGCGGCAAAGAGGAUUCCAUGCGACGUAUGCGGCAAAGAGGAUUUCAUACAACGAUAACAAUUCAUCGCCAUGGAGCAGAUACUGCCAAAAGAUUUAAAGUUGAAAAUCCUCGGAUUUAUCGGAUCAACUCGCGAGGGAAGAAUGGCAGACAGAGUUACAACUUUGGUCAAGAAAUUUUACUCACAGCAGAAAGAAGGACACUCACUUGAAGUAUUAGAUCCCAAAGACCUGAACCUUCCUGUGCUAAAGCAAGCGUUGCAUUUCUACCGUGAUCCAAACCAAGCACCAAAGAUCCUGAGGGAUGUUAACAAGAAGAUCGAAGAGGCGGAUGCUUAUUUGUUAAUUACGUCAGAAUACAACCACGGCGUUCCUCCAGCUCUAAGCAACACGAUGAACCAUUUUCCACCAACGAGCUACUACUUCAAGCCCUCUGCGGUGAUAGGGUAUACGAUGGGUACAACUGGCGGUGUCUUUGGCAUUGCAGCACUUCAAACCUUCCUAAUUGAACUUGGCUGCCCACCUGUAAGCCACACAGUUGCUAUACCUAGGGUUAUGAUGGAAAUAACACCAGAGGGGGAAACGCAAAACACUCACAUUAUCAGCAGCCUAACAAAAUCAUACAAGCAACUGGAAUGGUAUGGCAGGGCUUUAAAAUACAUGAGAAUGGUGGAAGGUGCUCCGCAGGGGACAACUGCUAGAUACUAAAUAAAUAGCCAAUUUAUUUAGUACAAAUUUUGAGCUCUAGUGAACAAAUUUUUUUCUAUUUUAACAGCAUAUCUUUCAUGUACACAAAGUCUUAUUAGCUCUAUUGGAAAUUUUAGCCAAGAAAUCGUAUUCUAGCUUCUUACAGAAACAAUUUUUGUUUCAAAUGAGCCAUACUUACGAAUUGCUCUUGUACUUAAGCAAACUCUGGAAGUCGCCAGAUAGUCCAACCUCUUUACCAACGGUCAUAAGAACGAGGCGCAAAGAACAUGGACACAUUUGUCAUAAUCAAGUUUUGACGAACAAUUAUACAUAAUAGUUUAUGAAAAAUAGUUUCAAGGCAAGGGAAACGAGUCAAUUAAAUAGCUUUAUAACGGAUAAAGUUUUUACAAAACUUACCAAAAUGGUUAGAUAGUCUAGUAAUGGAGAAAAUUUCAACAGCGCUUAGCAAGAAGGUUUUUAAGCUAGACCUGCAAAAUAUUGUUUCAAGAUGAAUUUAUUUCUAAAAGAAUUCUAAUUAACCAUUACCAAUAAAGUUUAGUCUAUAAAGGCCUAUUUCCAAUGGAAGAGGAACAAUUUUUAUCGGCCGUCAACAUUUUUAGACUAAAGUAUGGCCUAGCCACUAUCUAUAAGCAAAAACGUAACCAAGAUCUCAAAAAUAAUUAUGAAAUAGCCUCAAAAUGAGUAUUUGAUGCCAUCAACGAUUCUAUUUUGAUCUUCUAUAUGUGCUGGUAAUGAAACAAGUGUCAGAACACAGUCCCGGCAAUUUGAUCACGAAUCCUAAGCAAUUUUCUCUUCUUAUUUAUAAAUAUUUUGUAGAAUAUCUGCUUAAAAGGUGCCAAAUCGAAAUCUUGUGAUAUGAAAGUUCUAGUAUGGCAGGGCUGCUGCUGGGGGGAGCAGGGGGUUUACUGCGCAAGGGCGGUGAGGUCUGGGGAGCCUUAUAAAGUAAUGAAUUCCAUUUUAAGAAUGGAGUUAAUAAAAUGUAACAAAAAGCAGUGCAUAUAAAUAAAGAAUGCAUCAAAUAACUGCAAGAAAAUAUUCUGAAAUGAAUUUCUAACUAAUCAAAACGGCGAGUUCUGCUCUCCUCGCCCGCAGGGGCCUCACCCUUUUUCACCCAAGGGUCUCUAAAGCAUCUCGGCGGCCCUGUAGUAUUGGAGAAGGUUCCUCCCUUUGAUAUAGCAAUGACAUAAUUAAUCAAUACAUUAAUAUUUUGUUAGAUAUUCUGCAUAAUUAACGUUAAGAUAAGAAUAUUUAGCUUUCAA